UAUUUUCCGUCCAGCCGUGUCAGAGAGUUGGAGAGAGAGUUCCUGAGUCUCUCUCAGGGGAGUAUGUCAGUUGAGGAUUACGAGGCAGAGUUCGAUAGACUGUCUCGUUUUGCACCCUCCCUCGUCCAGGACCCUGUAGCUAGGAUGAGUAGAUUUGAGGAGGGAUUGAGACCCCACCUGCGUCGAGGCUUGGCUGCUGUCCAUUGGACCGACUAUGAUGAUCUUGUAGACAGAGCGAAGAAUAUGGAGAUUAUCUGGAAAGAGACGCAGGAAGCACAUAAAGGGAGGCUGAAGAGGGCCAGAGAUUCUGAUUCGGAUAGUGAGCGGCAUGUACGCCGACCCGUGCAGAUCCGUCACGGAGCAGGACAGCGAGCUCCACCUGGGAGGACUGCACCAGAGCACCGGGUGAUAUCAGGAGCCUGUUAUUUUUGCAGUCAGAUUGGACACAAGGCCAUUGAUUGUCCCCGGAGACGGCCCAGGGUUGGAGCAUGUUACAGAUGUGGCCAACAGGGCCACAAGAUGGCUCAGUGUCCUCAGACCCAGUCUAGGACUAUUGUCUGUUAUGGGUGUGGUCAGCCGGGCCACAGGAUUUCUAGUUGUCCCCGGGCCGGAUCUGUGCAGAGGCCACCGAGCGCUAGGGCUCCUCAGCGACAGAUUCCCCCUGAUCCAGCACAGAUUUCUCAGCCAGCCGCUCCCAGACAGCAGACAGGAGGAGGGUCUCGCACCCAGGGACGGGUAUAUGCACUGACACAGCAGGAUGCUCAGGCAUCCAACACGGCAGUGACAGGAGAUGAUUGAUGGGGGAUUCGGGAGGAGAGGACUUAUGACACUGGACAUAGAUAGAUUU